CCGCGUCGAAUACGGUUACAAAACAUCCCCGACGCGUAACCGCGAAAUCCUUUUAGGGAUGGUUUGUAGAUAAAAUAUUCCUUAUCAGGUUCAUCGUAUAUAUACAUGUAUACAAGGCAUUGUCAAACUUUUAAAGGCAAUCGUUCCUGCGGUUCUGUGUCGUUGUUUUGACCCCGCUUUUACCAAUGUCGCGACCACCUGCGGUCAUUUACAUUCCAAGGACACACUACACGUAAAGGCUGUAAAUUAUUUAAAAGCGUAUACGGAGGGAAGCUGAUGCCGAGGUUUUAAUAAUGUGAUCGCGACGAAGCUGUUUUUAAAAUGUAAACAGCGCCUGUUGAUGAGCAGGUUUGCAAGGGUCGCGCGACCGGCAGUUGAACGGAAGCUUUACGUCGGAGAGAAACGGAUCUCGUAUCCGAAGUAAACAUUGAAUCACGCUGGCGGCCCAGACAAUUUAUGAGGAAGACCAAACGAAAAUGUCUGAGUCCAAAAACGAGGUUAUAAAAUUCGAUGUUGUCAUAGUUGGUUCGUGUAUGACCGACCUAGUAAGUUAUGUCAGUCGUCUCCCGAAGGCUGGCGAGACCUUACAUGGCAGCAAAUUUACCAUGGGCUUUGGCGGUAAAGGGGCGAACCAGUGCAUUAUGGCAGCUCGUUUGGGUUGUGACACUGCUAUGGUGGCAAAGUUGGGUAAAGACACGUUUGGUGAGAGAUACAUGCAGAAUUUUAUUGAUAACGGCGUGGAUGUGACUUUUGUUGGGGUCACUGACAAGGCAUCCACUGGUGUUGCUCCAAUUACUGUCAAUGCAAAUGGCGAAAAUUCUAUCAUAAUCAUCAGCGGCGCCAAUCUGUUGUUGACAGAAGAUGACGUCAAAGCAGCGAAAGACGUGAUUACGUCAGCCUCUGUCGUUAUCUGUCAGUUAGAAAUUAAACCUGAAGUGACACAGCUCGCCCUAUCCAUAGCUAAAAAGGCCGGAGUCACAACUAUAUUCAACCCAGCUCCAGCCCAGUCUUGGUUGGAUACGGUUUUUUAUAAAGACAGCGACGUCUUUUGCGCCAACGAGACUGAGGCUGAAAUAUUAACUGGAGUUACAAUAUCCUGCGUCGAGGACGCGUUCCAUGCUCUGCCAGUGUUACUGGGUCGAGGAGCAGCAAAGAUUGUGAUUACCCUCGGGGAAAAUGGUUCGGUGGUCGCGACACGUGAAGACCCUACGCCCCGUCACGUGCCCAGCAAGGAGGUGAAACCCUUGGAUACGACGGGUGCUGGGGAUGCAUUUGUAGGAGCCCUGGCGUUUUAUCUCUCUAAAUACAAAGGACUUACAUUCGUCGAAAUGGUCAGAAGGGCAAACGAGAUUGCAGCAAUCUCAGUGUGCGGUCCUGGGACCCAGACUAGUUACCCUACUGUAGCUAAAUUACCGCCUGCAUUAUUCGACCCGCCGGGCGUGAACUCUUGCCCGCAACGGAGCCCGAAGCCCGACACCACGAUCGUACACCGUCGAUCAAAGUCGGAAGAGAGAAGGCGGAGGGUAAGCUUGCCGAACGACGGCAUUACGGCGCGUGACGGCAAAAGCCGAAACUCGAAUGAAGUUCCGUCAAAAGGACAACGAAGAGCGAGUAACGACGAUGCGCCCACGAGUACGAAGAAGACCCGAGGGUUUUUCGGGCGACGCCGAAGUGAGGGCUCCGUAGGAUCUAAGAAACAAAUGAUUGAACAAUCAGGGAAGGCGAACGGCAAAGUGACUAAGGGGGAUGAAGGGGGGCAUACAGAGACGAAAAAGGAUAAUUGUGAUCGUAGGGGUAGCGUACCGCAAAUACAAGGAGUGGCUUUAGCUGUUGAAAACACCCCUGCUGGUCGUGAGACCAUGAUAGAUUUCUGACUACACAGAACACAACAGGCAAUCGUGCUCACGUGUUCACCACGUGGUUAAUCAGUCAGCUAAACGCAUGCGCAUCUAACUGGGCAAGAUUACGUGUGGAUAAGAUUUUACAACGACCCCUUGGCCCUUUCUCAACUGCUAGACACUAAGCAAGACGUGCUAUAAAGGAUAGUUCUGUAUUAUGUAAAACAGAGCUGAAUGUUUGAAGAACCGAUCGUGCAGCUGAGACGAGACACGUCUGCUUUAGACAACAGUCCGAUUUAAAAUAUGUUAUUCGUUUGCGUAGCAAUGAAAGCGCUUAUUCAAAUUAAUCGAGCCGAAUUAAUCUAAAGGAGGAAAACUCUUGCGCGCCUCGCACAGGAAGGAGCGUCUCGAUACUUCUUAGUUGUAUA